AUGCCUGGACCGUACAUUGACACUCGAGCAGACAGUUCUUUCGACGACUGCCCCGCCGCGUCGUCAUCUCGUGGCUACUUCCCCGGCCCAGACGUCUGGGGUGCCCAGACGCCUCGCACCUCUGUGACCGACCUCGUCGCUACCGCCAGUGCUCGAUCGAUGGCACGCCGCCCCUCUGUGACCAGUACCACGUCGGUGUCGGCGUCAAGUCAAGCAGCGACCCAGUAUGGUGCUACUCUCCACCCUUCGGCCGCUCUCGUCAACACCCGUCUCAACCUAAAAGCCUCGCCAGGAUUUUCGCCCCUUCCCGAGUCACCGGCGAUCCUCCCAUCAGCAGAGCGCACCGAAGUGUUGCGUCCAACGUCGGAACGCUGCAUGACAAACCUUACGGGUGAUCUCUGGCCGGAGAUGGUGCCACUGCGCCUAAGUGAACAUCGAAUGCAGCGCAAGCUCCCUCCGUCCAUGACCGAAAGCCUUGAAGCGCUCAUGGAGGUUUCGGUCAAGGCUCACAAGACCCUCAGCGCUGUGCCCGAGGAUGGGCCUGAAGAUGGGCCUCCUCGUCCCCUCCGCUCACCACUCCGCUCCGUACCCAUGACCUCUAUCGUCUUGGCUCCAGAGGUCGUGGCCCGCCUGCCGGCUCCCAAGCACCGCCGCUCAGCCUCGGGCCCCGCAAAGGACGAAGGUUGCCCACCACCGUCCCGCCCAUUCGGUCUUCCUCGCUCAGUCUCCUCGCCGCUCGUCAGCACACCGACUACGCCCAUGCGGCGCAAGAACUCGGAUUCUUCAGAGUCGAACGCGAGCAUCGAAAUGCUCCUCACUCCGCCGUCGAGUCUGUGUGUGUUGCCCCAGUCGGUCGCAAUGCAGCGCAGCGGGGCGGUCGAGUACGUCGUCUCCCCUCAGGAGGUCAAGCGUGAACGCAAAGCGAAGGUCAUCAAGCAGGCUGAGAACUUUGAGCCCAACCGUCCCGUCGACGUUGGGAUCCUCCUGAAGGCCUCCGAGCAGAAUGUUAUGGAUCAGAAUGGCAAGGCAAUCCGCUUUGGCGACCUUGUCAGUGGAACCCGCCGGACCGUGGUUGUCUUUGUCCGCCACUGGCUCUCGUCAUUCUGUGCGCAGUACAUUCGUGCUCUCAUGACCCACUUUGUCCCCGGCAAGGCUGGUGGCCACGCACGAGUGAUCGUUAUUGGACACGGAUCCGUAGCAAUGAUCCCUGCGUACCGCAACCACUUCCACUGCCCCUUCGAGGUGUAUACCGACCCCACUCGCAGGCUCCAAGACCUGCUCGGCCUCCUUCCCCACAGCCUGGGAUCGACUUGUCGUGGCGACUACGUGAUGAGCAAUGCAGUCGUCCGCGCAUGCGAGACCCUCCAGCUCGCUGCUCGCCUGCACGGCUUCCGCUCUGGCGACCGUGAGCAGCUCGGUGGCGAGUUUGUCUUCAAUGGCAGACUGGAGCUCGUCUACGCCCACCGCAUGCGCGGUGCCAGCGACCAUGCGUCACUCGCCGACCUCGUCGCCGCCACAAUCAUUCCCAUCUCUGGCCCCCUGUCCCCUUCUGCAAGCAGGUCUUGCAUCAGCCUCAGCCUUGGGGCCCUCAGGUCGAUGCCCAACGUCAACCACGUUUCCAAGACACUUCGCGAGGAAAACGAGGAAGAGCCGGAGGACGAGGACGAGGCAUACCCGCAGCUCGACAUGCAGGACGUUGACGAAGACGGCCUCCCAUCCCCACUUUCCCGUCCCCGUCCCCGUGUCAAGGUUUCUGCGGCCGAACGUGCGCACUGGGACCUACAGCGCCAGUCGCUCCUGGCGCGCCGUCCCUCCAGGACCCGCGUACCACUCGACCACGACCACAUCACCGUCCACAUGACGCCAGUGGGCACCGUGCCACCCAAGGAGGACGACUACUUUGGUCUCGACGUCCCCACCACUCCCUCCUCCCCCAGCACUCCUACUCGCGAGCACAUCAAACCCUGUGGCGAGCUCCUCCGUUGA